CCGGCCGGAUGCGGGGCCCCGGCUGGGGAGGCUAGGGGGCAGGCCUCGCCUGGCUAUGGGCUGCUUGCAGAGCGUGGCGUGCAAGGCGCGAGUGCGCAGGGAGAACAUCGUGGUAUACGACGUGUCGGCCUCCAUCGAGCCGGGAACCACCGCCAUCGAAGAGACAUCGCCCAUCGUGCUGCGCUACCGAACACCCUAUUUCCGCGCCGCCGCUCGCGUCCUUAUGCCGCCUAUCCCGCGCCGUCACACCUGGGUGGUGGGUUGGAUCCAGGCCUGCAACCACAUGGAGUUCUACAACACCUACAGCAACCUGGGCAUGUCAAGCUGGGAACUUCCAGACUUGAGAGAAGGACGUGUAAAAGCCAUCAGUGACUCUGAUGGAGUGAGCUAUCCCUGGUAUGGGAACACCACAGAAACUGUUACCCUGAUUGGCCCUACCAAUAAAGUUUCCAGGUUUUCAGUCAGUAUGAAUGACAAUUUUUAUCCUAGUGUGACAUGGGCUGUCCCUGUGAGCGAUAGCAAUGUGCCACUAUUGACUAGGAUCAAACGGGACCAAAGUUUUACUACAUGGUUAGUGGCCAUGAAUAUGACUACUAAGGAAAAAAUAAUUUUGCAGACUAUAAAAUGGAGGAUGAGAGUAGACAUUGAAGUUGAUCCCAUGCAGCUCUUGGGCAAGCGAGCCCGCCUCGUGGGGAAAGCUCAACAGGAACAGCCUAAGAUUUUGAGCCGAAUGGAACCCAUCCCACCAAAUGCACUAGUGAAACCCAAUGCCAAUGAUGCCCAGGUCCUCAUGUGGAGGCCUAAGAGAGGUCUGCCUUUGGUAGUGAUACCACCAAAAUAA